GCACCCUCGCAAUUAGUUCAGUCGUCGUAAAAUUACAGUCGGUAACUUAGUAACCUAUGUAAACCUCAUAUUGACUAGCGUUUGUUUACGUGACAGAGCCUCUGCAAUUAUCGUAAUUCAGCGCGCGCGCUCAGUGCAUCAUAUCCUGGGGUUGUGUAUAAAAUGAAUCACACCCUUCGCGAUGAUUAUUAAUGGGCAAAUUGUGUCGACGCAUCACGCUAGUCCGCCAAAAGUAUAUAUUGUACGAGAGAAAGAUUCAAGUGUGGAAGAAAUGAGUGGGUGUUGCAAGAGAGCAUACGCGUAAAUCGAUAAGCCGUCAAGUGUGAGUGUGCAGUAUACAAGUUUGUAUUUUCUGCGCGCGUGAAUAUAUAUCUUGACUCGUGAAUAAAUUGUUGCGAACUCACUUAACAUGACCACAUCUACGGUGACGAGCCCCAAGCUUCAGGACGAUAUCAAUAGUAUUCCUCUUGCUGAUGACGAUCCUCAAGUCAUCAUACCAGAAGAGGAAAAUAACACAGAAAACAAUUCUAAGUCGUCUGAUCCUCUCAAUCAUGGACAGAGUAUGGAUUCAAUCCUGUCGAAUUUCACAAAUGACAGCUGUAGUCCAAAUAGAUGUCUUCUAGGUUUAGAUCCUGAUAUUAGCCCCGACGAACAACAAGAAAAAGCAAGAUUAAUUGCCCAAGUUCUGGAACUUCAAAAUACUCUUGAUGAUCUAUCACAAAGAGUAGAUGGUGUUAAAGAGGAAAAUUUAAAGCUGAAGAGUGAAAAUCAAGUAUUAGGACAGUAUAUAGAAAAUUUGAUGUCUGCAUCUAGUGUAUUUCAAUCAACAAGUCCUAAAACAAAAAAGUAGUUAGUUUUCUGAUAAUUUUACAAAUGGAUAUAAGCUAAACUUUAAAAGUUGUUAAACUUUUACAUGUGAGAAAGUAUGUGCAAGUUCUCGAAUGUUUCUUUUAGUUGACAUUGACCAUUUGUUUUUUUUAUCAUACAUGACAUGAUAGGAGAAAUAUUUUGCAUUAGAAAAGUAUACAUAACAUUUUAAUACCAAAGAUCUGUUAGGCUUGAUUUUUAAAAGCUUACUUAUGACUGAUAUUCAUAAUAUUUUAUAUUACCUUGAUUUCUUUUGAACGUGAUCUAUUGUAAUCUUUUAAUUUUAAGACUAAAUUUUCAGUUUUAACCAGAAUGUCUGAAAAAUGUUUAUAUAACAAAGAAAAAAAUGUUGAAACUGAUAAGCCAACAUUGUUCUUUAAAUCUUUGUCGAAUUUGAAUAAUUUUUUAUCGUUGACAUAAACAAACAAAAAAGUCUUAUUUAUCAGCCAUGCAUAAUAAGUUUCAUUUUUUACUACUUAUUACCGUGUGCGCUUGAAGCUUGUGGUGCGAAUAGCUAAAUAAAUGCAAUGUUAGAUAAGUAAAUUGUAUGUAAUUUAGAAAAUUGUGUAUCUCGCAUGUACGAAUUCUACUUUUAUAUUUCUAAUGCAAAUAGAUAUAUAAUAAUCAUAUUUCUGAAGGCAUUUAAAAUUUAUUAUGAAAUUAUAAGUAAAACAAAUGUGUCGUCUCGGUUGAUCUAUGAAAAAAAAUGUGAUUUAUUUUUUUACAAAACUAUUGUACAGUCGUCGCGUUUACAAUCUCAUUAUGGAAGAUAAAUCACAAUUAUUGCGUAGUUAAAAGCAUAAAACUGAAAAUAAGUCUCUCUAACAAGAAUCUCAAACAUAUAGUAAUUUAUGUUGUGAAUUUGAUUUGCUAUUAUUACUUUAAUGGUAUCUAAUUAGUUUCUACUAAAAUCGAGAAAAGAAUGCAUAGGAAUGCUUGUAAAAAUUGUAAUUGUUUUUAUAAAUCUAGGAAUUAUAUAAAAUUGCAGCGAAAAAUGUCUAAAUUAUUGAUUAAAAAAGCACUUGGUAAGCACGAAGCUUUUGAAAACGAAUACUGCUGUGCAUUUUAAAUGAGGUAUAUUUGUUAACAUAUUUGAUGUUACAAUUUUUAGUUGCGAUUGCAAUAAGUACCUAACAUAAUCGUGAAAGCACAAGUUUUGUUAUACGUGACAUUGCAAGAUUAUAAUAAACUACUUUAUGUUAAAUGAUAUUAAUCGGUGAUGUUUUUAUUUCAAACCGUGUUCCAAAUUUUGUAUGAAAUAUAGAUAGCAACGUUAAUAAAUAUGA